AUGCAUGCCACAUCUUGGCAGUCAGUAGCACAAUAUGGCCAUCAGACCAGUGUUGAUCUUGUACGGGAGCAGCCUGUGAUAACCACCGGCGGAGCUGGCACAAAACGUAGCUAUCAACAAUAUCUUGUUCCCGACCAGCAGUCUCGCUCGCCUCUCGCCACAAGCCCCGCGGUCAGACCAGCUGCGAAUGUCAGGACCAAACCAACAGCCCAACUUAUCGCGAGUCGUAUCUCCUAUUCCACCGUCAAUGACGGAACCAUAGUUCCCACUCCUGCGUUACAGCUCCGACCAACGUCAACGCCGUCCCCAGCGGCCAAUCCACUACUAAGUCUUCGCCAUUCUCGUUAUGGCUUACCUGCGGCUCUUGUCGACAACUUUGAACGUCUUGGAGUCAAUGCAAUCUACCCAUGGCAAUCAUCAUGUCUGCUGGGGAAAGGACUCCUGGAUGGCACCCAAAACCUGAUCUAUACGGCUCCCACUGGCGGGGGCAAGUCGCUGGUGGCGGAUGUUCUGAUGCUAAAGAAAUUGGUCACGGAACCGGACAAAAAGGCAAUCCUCGUGCUUCCGUACGUAGCUUUGGUCCAGGAGAAACUGAAGUGGCUUCGAGCUCUGGUUGACAACGUUGAGAGACAUUCCGACGCGGAUGACGAUGACGGCUCCCGGUUUGCACAGAGGAGCAAAACGAUACAAGUGAUGGGCUUUCUGGGUGGCAGUCGGGCCAAGCUCACAUGGCCUGACUUUGACAUCGCCGUUUGCACAAUAGAGAAGGCCAACGCCCUUGUCAACUCGGCGAUUGAGGAAGGGCGUAUUCAUCAAUUGGGCAUCGUUGUCCUCGAUGAGCUACACAUGGUGGACGACGAGGGUCGUGGCUACAUUAUGGAGCUUAUGGCAACCAAACUACUCACCCUGCAGAGCGGCAUACAAAUCAUCGGCAUGAGUGCUACCUUGUCAAAUCCAGAGGUAUUAGCAGAGUGGCUGCAUGCGAAAUUUUACGUCUCCCGAUACCGACCCAUCCCGAUCGAGGAGCAUUUAGUCUACGAGAAUUCCAUCUACCGAAACGCCAACACCAAAGACUUCUUUCGGACAGCGAGCCAGCUAAGUGGUCGAUCUUCGGGCAGUAAUUCGGCAUCCACGCAGAAACCUGCGGAACCCUGUCACAAGAUCUCCCAUUCGCUGCAUCCUGAGCUCGAAAACCCUCUGCUUAAUGCUGUUGUGGCUUUGGCCAUCGACACAGCUUCCCAGGGACAUGGUGCCCUUGUGUUUUGUAGUAGCAGAAUGGGAGUCGAGCGGGUUGCAACUCUCAUUGCCCAAGCAAUGCCCUUAAGCAUGCUAUCUACUGAUGCAUGCGAGCAACGAUCAGACAUCAUGGCCGCUCUGCAGACCUUACCGAAUGGCUACGAAGCCACGUUCAAUCAGACUGUGCCUGCAGGGGUGGGCUUCCACCAUGCUGGGCUGACCGUUGAGGAGCGUGACACCGUUGCAGACGCAUAUGAUAAAGGCCUCCUGAAGGUCAUGGUGGCAACAUGCAGUCUUGCUGCGGGCAUCAAUCUCCCAGCGCGGAGAGUGAUACUUCACGGAGCAAGAAUGGGCCGAGAUCUGGUUGGGCCUGCCAUGCUCAGGCAAAUGCGUGGCCGCGCUGGGCGUAAAGGCAAAGACGAGAUUGGUGAGACCUACCUCUGCUGUGCUAAGACCGACCUCGAAGCUGUAGCCGAGUUGCUAGAAGCCGAGAUGCCUCCAGUAACAAGUUGUUUGACGCCAGAGAAACGAGGUCUCAAGCGAGCAGUCCUCGAAGUCAUUGCCACGCGUUUGGCCAACAGCAAGGAAAGUCUUGAAGAUUACCUUCGCUCCUCACUGCUAUGGCAGACGUGUGACCAAGGUCUGGUGAUGGGCAUGCUUAACACAGCGCUGUCCGAUUUGGUGUCAACCAAACUGAUCCAACCAUGCCAGGAGGCCUCGCAUUCGUUCCGGCCAACCACGCUUGGGUCAGCAAUCGUGUCAUCGGCUCUUACACCCGAGGAUGGCAUCUUUGUCCACGCGGAAAUGCAACGUGCAUUGGCAUCGUUCGUGAUGGAGUCCGAGAUGCACACCCUGUAUCUGUUUACUCCGAUCCCGUCACCUACUCAACCCAGCGAGAUUGACUGGCCAACCUUUCAGAAACAUCUAGACCGCCUCUCGGAAUCGGAUAUACGAGCGCUCGGACUCGUAGGCGUUUCGCCAUCCAAGGUCAUUCGUUUGGCGGUUUCGGGUGCACAACUACCAGAGAACACUCCCGAGGAAGUCAACAUUGCUCGCAUAUACCGUCGAGCAUACGCAUCUCUCCAGCUCCGAGAUGUCUGCAAUGAGGUUCCAGUGCACGAAAUCUCGCUGCGAUACAAUGUACCGCGAGGUCAGGUGCAAAACCUAGCUCAAAUGUGUCAUGGAUUUGCUGCAGGCAUGAUCAAGUUCUGCGAGCGGAUGGGAUCUGGCUUCUCGCUGCUCGGAGCGGUGCUAGAACAUAUGUGCGACCGGCUUCGGGCGGGAGCACGAGCUGAUCUUUUGGAUCUUGCCAAAGUAGCCUUUGUCAAGAGCCGGAUGGCUCGCUUGUUAUGGGAGAAUGGGUUCAAGUCGGUCAGGAUGCUUGCCGAAGCGCGCAUCGAGGAUAUCAUGCCGGUAAUCAUGCUGGCGCAGAAGAAAAAGUUGAAGGUUGAUGGUGUGACCAACGAUGACAAGGUGCUAGAGAAGGUCCGGGUCAAGGCCGAGAUCAUGGUCAAGAGUGCAGGCAAGGUGUGGGAGUUGAUGAUGUUGGAAGAUUUGGAGGAGUGA